CAAAACUGAAAAGCGAGAGAACGAACAGAGAGAGAGAGAGAGAGAGAGAGAGAAAUUGAGAGAAUCUGAGCGCGAUUCUUUUCCGACGAUUUAAACCUAAUUAACGCGUCAUUCAAUCCAAGUCUUCGCCCUUUCAAAAAAGCCUUUGUGUGUUUUUAACUUAGCUUUUAUUACUACUCUAUCUCUCUCUCUUUUUUUUUUUUUUUUUUUUAAUUUCUUGAUCUCGGUUCUAGAUCGCGUUUCGAUCGGUUAAUAACCGUUGAAAAUCGUUUGUUGAUUCGGUCGAUAGAUUUUCGAAUAAAAAUUUAGGUUAUUUUAACGAAGCUGAAGAGUUUGAUUAAGGAAAGGAAUUUAUGUGUGUUUAAUGAUGUUGACCUUAACUAUUGGGUUAUGAAGUACUAUGGAAGUUGUUGUUUCACGAAAAGAAGAAGAUGACGCUUUACAUUGGUCGCGAAGCUUCAAAGUUAUGGAAGAGAAUUUGUGCAGAAACAACCACAGAAAUCAACCUUCUUAUCGAGAACUGGAAGUACUUGCUCGCCGGACUAGUUUUUCAGUACAUACAUGGUCUUGCUGCACGAGGAGUUCAUUAUCUUCAUCGUCCAGGCCCAACUUUACAGGAUCUUGGAUUCAUUCUUCUCCCUGAGCUUGGGCAAGAUAAAGCCUACAUCAGCGAGACUCUGUUCUCAUUCAUCUUUUUAUCAUUCGUCUUGUGGAGCUUCCAUCCAUUCAUCUUAAAGAGCAAAAAGAUCUACACAGUCCUAUUAUGGUGCAGGGUUCUAGCAUUUUUAGUAGUUUCUCAAAUUCUCCGGAUUAUAACAUUCUAUUCUACCCAGCUUCCAGGUCCAAACUAUCAUUGCCGUGAGGGCUCUAAACUUGCCAGGUUGCCACGUCCUCAGAGUGUACUUGAAGUCCUCUUAAUUAAUUUUCCGCGGGGCGUAGUAUAUGGUUGUGGUGAUUUGAUUUUUUCAUCACACAUGAUCUUUACUUUAGUCUUUGUGCUCACAUAUCAGAAAUAUGGCACUAGAAGGUUUAUAAAGCAGUUUGCUUGGUUGCUUGCUAUUGUUCAGAGCUUCUUGAUUGUAGCAUCUCGCAAACAUUACACGGUUGAUGUUGUUGUUGCCUGGUAUACUGUUAACUUAGUGGUGUUCUUUAUAGACAAGAAAUUGCCUGAACUGCCUGAUCGUAACAGUGGAAGUUCACCUCUGUUACUGCCUGUGAGCACCAAAGACAAGGAUGGUAGGACUAAAGAGGAAAAUCACAAGCUCUUGAAUGGAAAUUCAGAUCCCUCAGAUUGGAGGCCGAGAACACAAGUCAAUGGCAAGAUUAUGGAAGAUGGCAAUGGAGUCCAUGUUGAUAGUGCAAUGAAUGGUGCUUAGAUGAUGGAAGUUGCCAAAGCUACUGCAGUGGGGGCUGCCGCAAAGGCCACUAAUUGAAUUCUUGUAAUCAUGAAUUAAAGGUUUAGUUGCUUGAGUCAUCAGUUCCUUUGCCUGAGACUGGUAAAGAAAAUUGAUUUGUAUUUUAGAGAAAAUGGAGUUUGGGUAAUAGGUUUGUAUAUUUUGCAGUCAACUCUCCUCUUAAGUUUUGGUCCAACAUCAGCAUCAGCAUGUAUCUUAUCAUGGAAUGGUAAGAUUUCUAGUGUUGCCAUUGUUCUCCAUGGGGAUAGUUUCCUCUUGUAUUGUUGCUGUUGCUGUUGAAACUCCCCUUGCUAUUAAAUUUAUAAGGUCAAUAUAAUCAUCUUGCAAAAGCCAAAGGCUGUUGGGAAUGA